GUCCUUUUGGUUCUCAGCACCUUAAACCUCAGGGCAGCAUAUAAGCAGCUCAGAGCCUCGCAUCAGGCUCCCGCUGAACCCGCCUCACCUGGCUACGGUUCCUCGUGUGAGUUAAAAGACCCCUGUGAUGGGUAGAUAAGAAGGACAUGUUAGAGGCACACAGGACGUAUAACGCUCCUCCUCGAGUUUUCCUGAACGAUGCCUCGUUCUUUCUUGGUGAAGAGAGGAGGGCUGCACCACCUCCACCGCUCCAGAGCAGGAAACCUAAGUACUGGGUCGAACGCAAUACCAUUCAAGCCGCUGCACAACAGUCUGGGGUCCUAUGACUCAUGUCUCGAGUGCUCAACGGCGGCGGACGUACAAAAUAAUAACAUCAAGUCCACAACGGUGUUGCGGCCAAAUCUUUCUGUACAACUGGCUCCCUGGUCUAAUGAGUGUAGAGCUGCCGAGUUUUGCUUUCCUUUCGGUUCGAAUCCCACUGAGAGUGUCAGCUCCAGUCCUAAUACUUCAGACGUACCGUCUACACCUAAUGAGAGCUCAGCAAAACCACCUGGGCGUGACCCCGAGACCUUGAGGAAGACCAGGAAUAGCAGUUGCUCCAAAACAACUGAAGAGAGGCAGGAGUGUCAGCUGUGCAACCAAAUAUUUUUGUGUCUGUCUAGUUUGAAGACUCACACCUGCAGCAGUCGCGGCAGCAGCGCUCCUCUGUCAACAGUGAUCAAAUGCAUCAGGACGGACCCUGCGCAGUCACCUUGCAGGGUCAAGGACAGGACAUUUGACUGUGCGGUGUGCGGCAAAGUGUUCAAGCGCUCCUCCACCUUGUCCACACAUCUGCUCAUACACUCGGACACCAGGCCCUUUCCCUGCCAGUACUGCGGCAAAAGGUUCCACCAGAAGUCCGACAUGAAGAAACACACGUUUAUUCACACCGGAGAGAAGCCACAUGUGUGUCAGAUAUGUGGGAAAGCAUUCAGUCAGAGCUCCAACCUCAUCACCCACAUCCGCAAACACAGGAACUGACAGCCUCACCACUGUCCACACUGAACGGACCUGCACCAGUAAAGUGACCUGGACACAGUGGACUUAACCCUUUCAGGUGUCUGAAGACAAGUCUGAGUGGAGACAGAAAUCCACUGUUUAUGCUUUUUUUUAUGAACUUUUCAGGCCAUGUUUCGUGUGUUACUUGCAUAUUGGUGAAAUUCCCCCUUUUUUAGUUUUCUUGGUAUGAAUUGUAUUUACUAUGUAUUUGGUUAAAUCCCACUGUUUAUGUCAUAAGAAAUGUUAAAGCUGGUAAAAACCUAAAUAAUCCAAGAAUCAGCCAUUUUCCCCAGCACUGAUUGGUUGACAACUGAAGGCCACCUUGUUGCUUCAGAGUAAUUGAUAGGAGAAUGAUGUUCAAACCUCAAGAGUUAACUCACCACUAGAUGGUGCCUAAUCCCACAAAGUGUAGCCAUACAGCAGGGGUGUCAAACUCAUUUAGGUUCAGGGGCCACAUACAGCCUGAUUAGACAGACAGUAGGACAGACCAGUACAAUCAUAAUUACCUACAUGGAACUAACUUUUUUUUUUCAUGCAAAUAGGUACAGGUUUAUUCAAACAUAUUCACUUUUCACACUGUGAUUCACAAAUUCAUUAAGCGCCCCCCCCCCCCGAUACAUUUUGUUGUUGUUGUUGUUGUUGUUUGUUUUUAAACUUUUGCCGUGCAUUUUGACAAUGGACCAAUCGCUGAUUGAGGCAGGCCUGAUGCAGAAUGUGCGUCUCACCUAAGGACAAUGCUAGGCGUUGAUGGUGCUUUGGUGAAACAAAAACCUUUUCAUAAUUCUGCUCAAGCAGAAUAUUAAAAAAAAAAUUGACAUGG